AUGGAGAAGGGAGAGGACGAUUUAGAACUUGACUACCACAUAACAUUUCCUACCCCGACUUCAGGAGAUGUUUUCGAUGAUGACGAUGCGGAUUUGUUGCACGAUUUCGUCGAUGUUAGCGGAGAGGUCGUUGAACCUGUUGUCAUUCUUAUCGGCUGGGCAGGCUGUAAAGACCAGUAUCUUGCAAAGUAUAGCAAGAUAUAUGAACAAAAUAGGUGCAUAACUAUCCGUUACAUUCCUCCUCGAGAAAUAACAUUCUUCAAACCUCAUCUUCUCCAUGGAAUAGGGAUUCGAGUACUGGACUUGAUCAGUGACUUCAACUUGGAGGAAAGUCCGGUCUUCUUCCAUAUCUUCAGCAACAACGGCGCCUUUGUGUAUUCGGAAAUCUCCAGAAUUCUUCAUUCAGUGGAAGGCAGGAAAUACUCCAAACUGAAAGUGAAAGGAUUGAUUGUUGACAGUGCACCGGGAAAACGCAGAAUCUUAAGAGCUGCCCAAGCUUUUGCACUCUCUACUGGCAAUUCGGGUUUCAUGAAAAUGGCCUAUUUCAUAGGCAUGGUGACAUACUUAUUCUUUAUGAGAAUUUAUCUGUUUUUGUCAAGAAUUUUCAAUAGAUCUACUGGCAUCACCGUAAAUCCUUAUUCCGUAUUCGAAUACAUCAAAGAGGAUAAGGCACGUUGGCCACAGUUGUACUUGUACUCCAGAUCGGAUGAAAUCAUUCCUCACACAGACGUCGAGGAGAUAGUCAGCUACCGGCGGGACAAGCUUAAACUACACAUCCAGUCUGAGUGCUGGGAAACGUCAAAGCAUGUGUCAAUUCUGAGGGAUAAUCCCGAGGCAUAUGCUACCAAAUGUUGGAUGUUCAUAGGGGACUGUCUCAAAGAGGAUAGGGACGAGGCUGCAGGUGGUCAGACAUUGUAUACUCGUAUAUAACCAUAUAUACCAAUGUCACAACCAAUGUGACCUUGACAUAUUUUGCUUAAAGGUUUAUUCAUCUAAAUAGCAUAACUAGGGAUAUUAUGCAAGCCUAUACAUGACUACUCUAGUUCAAUUGACCAGAAAUAACUUAAUCAAUUAUCAGUAUGUAUCAUGGCCAACCAUGGGUUUUGCUGUUGAUAUGUAAUCUGUUAAGCUACUUGUUAAUUCCGACAAAACAUGCGUAAAAUGCAAAUUUUAGGAGAUCACAUCAAGCUCAUGUAAAUCACAUAUAUCGUACAAAUACAAUUGUAUGGCAUAUAGAGAAACAUUUCAAUUAAUAAAAAUGCCGAUAUUAGAUACCAUUAAGACAACUGCAUGGGCAGAGUAAGAAGAGUGUUUUCAAGACAAACAGUUAAACUGCGAGGUUUGGGCUAUUUUUAGAAAUCUGCAUAUUUUACCUCAAACUCUGUGAAAACAGUCCUAUGUUAAGAGUUCUUCGAUUUCAUUGUGUAUAUAAUAAAAAGAGCAUUUUUGAUGAUUGAUAAGCCUUCAUUUAUAUGCCAUAUUUGUGUGAUAUUAUUCACAGUCGCAAUUUGCAUAAUUGAAGUACAAAAGAGUACCAAUGAUUUCUGCUUUUAUGUCGAAUCCAGAACAAAUUUCCCCACAAUUUACCUGAUAUAGACACUUGUUAGCAUAACGACAGUUACGACAUGACUAUAUUGUGCAAUAUACAUGAUCUUAAUGUGUUCUUCGAUUCUGAAACUUGCAUUUUUUGCUGAAAUUAAGAAGCAGCUUUACAAAUUACAUGAUGGCAACAGCAAGACUCAUAAUUAUAUAUAAUUAGCCAUGCUAUAUUCUCACAUUUGACAAAGUUACUUUUGGUCCAUUACACCAGAGUAGGGCUUUAUGCUAUUUACAUGAACCUUAAAUAUAUAUGUAAAUUUAAUGCAACGCAUGUACACAGAUCCUGCUCUUAUGGUAAUUAUAUAAGAGCAUUGUGAGAGGGUCAAGGUUUUUUUGCAAAUUUUAUGUGUACAUUAUGUACUUGCAUUGAAUGUAUUAGAGUUCACUAUUGAGGAAUUUCCUGUAUGUAUGAUAUGCAACCACAGGGGCUUGACAUGUAGUAAUGUAUGUAAUUUAUGUAAUGUAUGUGUCACAUACAAACAUGUCAGGCCCCUGUGUAUACAACCUGAAUUCAUGUUCUUUAAUAUAUUUAAGCACCCACAUACAUGUACAUGUUUUACUACUUGACCAUGUGUACAAAAUUUGAUUGAUAAUAUAAGUGUGUAAAUUUACAUAUCCAGCUGUGAAUUUUGCAUAUUAAUGUGCUACAUUCCUGUCAACUUGCCAUGCUAAAUACCUAUAGAUAUUAGAACAAUGACCGGACAGAAUCGAUCAAUUAUAACCAUUUCAUUUACACUGAACACAAACCCAUAACCUUGAUUUCAAUGUUAAAGGUAUACGUAGUAAGUGCAAUCUUCAAUAAAUAAUUAUACAGCUGUGAACAGAGCACUAGCCAAAAUCCAGAGGAUGUCGUACAAUCAUCAAUAUUAUUUAAAUUUCUUCCUUAUUUUGCAACAGCCUGUGUUAGCAUGAAUAAGAAAUCAUUCCUCCUUUUGUUCUUCAGUAAAGAAAAUCACAUAUAUAUACCGGUAAUACAAUAUUUAUUUUUCGUUCAGACUAUCUUUUUAUUUUUUUUCUCAAGACUACAUGUAGAUCAAUGGAAACAGCUUGUUUUCAGCUGUAAAUGUUAAUACAAUUAAACAUAGAAAAUAAAUAUCCCUGAUUUUGCAUUUCAAAUUUUGACAAUACUUUAUUUUUUUACUCAAAAAAUAAUUUGUUUAAAGAAAUGAAAAAAAUAAAAAGGAGCAAGAUUUGUAUGUACACAUAACAGUUAUUUUUUAUAAAUAAUUUGAUGAUAGCAGAAGUUAGGGGUAACAUAUUAUUUCAGGUGAAUAUCUCUGAAAUCGUCCAAAAUGAAAUGUGAUAUAUGAUCUAUGAAGAUGUACCUUCAUUGUAUAUUUCGAGAAAAAAAAGACAAUACAAAUUAUGACAUACUUAGCUUAUUAUUUAAGUUUAAUACACAGGGACUUGACAUAAUCCUAUGACCCAAAAUGACAAAUUAACCUCGGGGUAUGACGCCUUGAUUUUUGAAAAAAAAAUAACCUUAAGAUCUGACCUGGAUCACUUAUUUUUGAAAGAAAUUAUCCCCGGGAUCUGAAUCCUAGGCAACUUAUUUUUAAUUAAUUUUUCAUUCCGAGUCAUAGGAAUGUGUCAAGGCCCUGCACAAAGGAUGAUCUCUAUAUCGAAAAUAGUCCAACUGUGAUAUAGUUUUAUAUGAUUUAACUAUAAAAGAUAUAGUUUAACUCGACAUUUAAUAUAUAUUUGAUCCAGCAAUAUACAGAUUUGGAUCCAUUUUGUCCUCUAGAUCUGUCUUGCAGUCAAAGCUCAGUCCAUUAAUUAAGUUGCUUCUAUAUAUGUACACUGUAAUUCAGAAAGCUUAUCCCACAUGAAAUUAAUUCCUAAGCUCCUUUUUCCCAGUUUGUCAUGACCUCUUUCCCAAUUUGUCAUGACACAUUCGCGACCAGUUUUGAUACAAUCUUGAUAUAUUUGCUCAUUUCUUGUAAUUUGUAAAUUACAAAAGAGUAAGUUGAUCAAAUUUUCAAAGCAAUAAACCUUUUUAAAAAGAGAGUAGCAUAGAAUUUCACAGUGUAUCAAAAUGUGAUAUAUUUUUUUUCACAUUUACUAUAUAUGUUGUAAUUAGAAUUUUUUUCCCAAAAUGUCCUAGUUCCCAGGUAAAGUUGAUUGAUCCAGUGUUAAAGAAGUGGUAUCAUUAUAUUAUAAUGAUAGAUCUAUAUAUUUCAGAUAGUGUUGUUGUUCUAUUUUAUUUGCUCAACAGUAAAUUCCUGUGAGCCAAUAUAUAGCACACCGAUAGCUUAUUUGAUAUAUACUUUCCAUUUUUUAGUCAGAUGUUUUUUCAAUUAUAACUGGUUGAUGUCAUAUUUGAUUUCUUUUUAUAAUGAAAUAUGUUUUUCUAUUUUAACCAUAUAUAUACUAAAAUAAAUAUUAAGU